AUGAUAGAAAAAGCCCAUAUCCGCAUCGGCAAUGUCUCUGGUGCCACGGGUGACCACCCGCACGCCAUGGCGCGGAUGGUGCGCUCCGGCAAUGUCGACGUUAUUACCGGUGAUUGGCUGUCCGAGAUGAACAUUGCCUGGAACUCGAUCGCUAUGAAGGAGAUUGGUCCGCAUGUGGGCUACGAGAACGGCUUCUUCGUGCAGCUCGAGGAGUGUAUCGACGAGAUUGUCAGCCGCAACAUCCGCGUCGUCACCAAUGCCGGCGCCCUCAACCCUUUGGCGCUCGUCGACAAGAUUCGCAAGCUGUGCGAGGGCGAGGGCUACCCACCCAGCACGGUAGCUGUAGUACUGGGCGACAACGUCUUUGAGCAGGUCACGUCGACGACAGCGACUGGCGGCCUAUCCAGAUUCCCUCAUCUCGACCACCCAAAGACUACACUCAGGGACUGGGACUUUGCCCCGUCCUCCGCCAACGCGUACAUCGGCUGCUGGGGUAUCGUCGAGGCUCUGCGAGCAGGAGCCCAGAUCGUCAUCUGCGGCCGCUGUACAGAUGCCUCACCCGUCAUGGGGGCUGCAGCGUGGCAUUAUGGAUGGAAGGAAGACCAGUACACAGAAUUGGCUGGUGCGCUCGUGGCGGCACACCUCAUCGAAUGCGGACCCUACGUCGUGGGCGCCAACUUCUCUGGUUUCAAGGACUUCCUGCCCGACCUGGUCGACCUGGCUUUUCCGGUAGCCGAGAUCGAUGCAGGUGGCGGCUGUGUCAUCACCAGAACGACCGAGGGAGGUGGCCACGUGACGCCCGAGACCGUCAAGGCCCAGCUUCUCUACGAGCUCCAGGGACACUUGUACCUCAACCCAGACGUUGUGGCUGACCUGGCCGACAUCCGCGUCGAGAAGUGCCCCCAGGCCGCCGACCACGAAGAGGAGCGCGUCCGGGUCCUCGGCGUCAAGGGUCUCCCACCGCCACCCACCACAAAAGUCAUGGUCGCCGCAGAGGGCGGCUAUCAGGCCGAAGCGACCUUCUACAUCAACGGCCUGGACAUUGCCGAGAAGGCGACCAUGAUGCGCAACCAGCUGGCGUACCUGUUCAAGGACAAUAACUUUUCCAAGUUCAGCAUCGAGCAGUACGGCAGCGUGGUGCCGAACCCGAGCUCACAGCAGGCGGGCACUGUGCAACUGCGUGUGUUUGCGCAGGCGCGGGAGAAGAAGGACAUUGAGCCCGUCAAGUUCAAGAUCCCCAUCUACGCGGUCCGCAUGCAGAGCUACGCCGGGUACCACAUGUCGCUCGACUUCCGGACCAUGGAGCCCAAGGCGUUCAUGGAGAUUUUCCCGACGGUGAUGAGCCUGGCGGAUAUCCAUCACCGGGCCGUGCUGCAUGACGGCACUGAAAUCGCGGUCAAGCCUCCGAGAGAGACGGCAGAGUACCCUGUCGUCAGGCCGAGUGUGGAUAUCACUAUCAGCCCAAUAGAUCUAGUCAGCCUAGGCCCGACAGAGUUUGUACCCCUGGGUACCAUCGUCCAUGCUCGAUCCGGUGACAAGGCCAAUAAUUCCAACGUCGGGUUUUUUGUGCGGCACCCGGACGAGUAUCCGUGGCUCUGUACCGUCUUAACAGUCGAUUGCCUGAAGCAGCUGUUCGGGGACGACUGGUUCACUGCUGGGCAUCCAAGCAGGAGAAUGGAAAGGAUCGAGUUUCCCGGCAUUCUGGCCGUUCACUUCCGGAUUUUAGACAACCUGAAUGGAGGCAUUGCAUCAUCAGAUCGCAUCGACGGCCUGGGCAAGGGUGUAGGAGAGUACCUGAGGAGCAAAUAUGUGCAUGUGCCCAAGAAGUUCUUGGCCAGAGGCCGAAUCUGA